GUUGCAACGCUUGGUAUCCCCCCCCCCUUUCCACUCGUCUUCCCAUCCCUCGCCGAGGUCUGGUCAAGCUCACGUUUCGCCAUCAGCAUCUUCCAUUCCCCAGAACACCACGCAAAACCAUUCAUCAAAAAUCCCAGAACAAUCUUUCACUUCGACAACAUGGCAGACCAAGGGUACUACGUUGUCUACCGCCUCGAGUUGCAAUUCAGCAAGGCAAGCCGCCACUCGGCCAUCUACGUUGCCAUGGGCUCACAGGGCGUCGGACAACUUCUCCACGUCCGCUGCGCCGUCGGCCAAAGGGGCAUGAUGUUUGAGAGGCAGUACUUUGUCAGCAAUGGGCCCGAGUCUCUCGCGACCUUUGUCCGCAAGACGGUCGUGGGCAGCGUGGCAGCGGAAGACGUGGACCAACUGACGGAAAUCUGCUACACUAUACCCACUCCGAGCGCGCAGUAUAUCAAUGAUGUCUGUCAGUGUGAUAAUUGGGUUCAUGAGGCUUGUAUUGCGUUUAGGAUGGCGGGUGUUCUUAUUUGA